AUGACACAAAGUGAAAAACAGAGGCAGAGUGGGGAUGAAGAAAUUAUCAAAGAGCUGUGCAUUUCUAAUGGUGUGUCCCAUGAGAAGAUUCCUCAGGAAGGUAGUGAUGUAGCCACUCUGGAGAUGUUUUUCUCAGGGUAUCCACGGAUGGUGGGACUUUCUUUCUUCCCCAGGCUGUCCAAGCUUACCAUUGUGGGUCAGAGUAUCCAGCUCAUUCAAGGGCUUGACUACUGCCCAUUGCUCAGGGAACUCUGGGUAGUGGAGUGCCAGCUGACCGAGAUUUCAGGUCUCCAGAGAUGCCUCCAGCUUCAAAAGUUGUAUCUCUAUGACAAUAAGAUUUGUCAGAUAGAAAAUCUGGAUUCACUGGUGAACUUACAGGUCCUUUGGCUCAAUAGCAACCGCAUUACUGUGAUAGAGGGUUUGAAUUCACUUGAAAACCUGACAGAACUGAACCUUGCGGAUAAUUCAGUUGCAACGAUUGGCCACAGUCUUGAUCGAAACACCAAUCUUCGGAUUCUGAACCUUUCUGGAAAUAACAUCAGCUCCUUUAAGGAGCUGACCCACUUGGCACGUUUACCCAGGCUAAGGGAACUGGGUCUGAAGGACCCUCAGUCCAGCCCUAACCCUGUUUGUCUGCUGUAUAACUAUGCCACCCAUGUUCUCUACCACAUGCCCAGCUUACAGAAACUUGACUCUUAUGAUGUGUCAGCCAAACAGGUUAAAGAUGCUGCAGCGUCAACAGUGAUGAAGAAAAUGAUGUACUACAACAUGCGCGUCCGCUCAGCUCAAAGGCAGUUUGCAGAGCUUCAGGCUAAACUACAGCAGCAGAAGAAGAAGCUGCUCCAGCUGCCUGAGGAGCGUAUUCAAAUGCUGAGCUAUAAUCUUAAAAAUUUGGAGUGUGAGCUGUCAGAGGUGCAGACAGCAAGCAGGAGAUCAGCCCAGAUGUGGGAAGACUUGGGGCACGAUCCUGGAUACGAACAGAGACUACUGAAUAAAUUAGACACAGUAAAAGAGAGACUGAGACUGUGGAGUUGUAGGCUGAAUGAAGUGGAGGCGAGUUAUCAACGAGAACUUGCCCUGGCCACAGACAGGAAGGAGCUGAUGGUGCAUUUUCUGCUGAUGGAGCUGGAGACUGUUGGCAACAUUCGCUUUGAGGAGGGCAACACCAGCGACUCUUGGUUCACGUGUUGUUAUGACCUACUGCUCUCGCGCUUCUGUGCACUGGACUACAAACCUUAUGGCAUCAGUGGGAUCAAGAUCAACCGCAUCAUCCGCAUCCACAACCGAGCUUUACGCCACCGCUUCGAGGACAAGCUUCACACCCUGCUGGCGAACCAGGAGUCAGCUGUCUUUUCCCAGAAUUAUAAACGUUUUUUGGAGUAUCUGUUCUAUGUGUCUGAUCCUAAACACACCACAGAGAAGAGUGAGAUCCUGCACAUCCCAGAAGAGGGUUUCAAAUCGGCAGAUGAAUAUAAGGCACUUGGCAGAGAGAGGGCUGUGCCCCUGUCUAAUAGCCUGAGUGUGACGGACAGGCCACGUAUCCAGUUUCUACAGAGACAAAGCACACAGAGCGAGGGCAGACAGGUUAUGGACACCCUGCCCUUCAGACACGGUCAGAUCAUUAUCUCUAAAGUGUUCCUGGGUCGCAGUGUGCCUGUGAGAAAUGGAAUAUCUGUGGAUUCAAGCCACUACUCCCGAGCCCAUUCAGUCUAUCGCAACAUCAGCAAGGAUCAAAACACCACUGACAAGGGAAAUACUCCAGAGACACUGUGUAGUUCCAGACCUCACGAUGGUUGUGAGUGUAACCAGAGACAGAGUGAGUGGUUUGUGUUUGACCAUGAGCUUGUCCUGCCUGAGUACCUCGUUGACUUUGAAUAUAUCACACAGGACAGAUCCCAGGUCACUCUGUCUCCUGAGUCAGACCUCUGCGCCUCCACGAACGCCGUCCCACUGAGCUCUGCCGAGCUUGCCGUGGAUGAGGAGGUGCUGGGCUUGGACCCUGUACUUAACCCUAAACCCAAGAUGGUCAGCUUGGACGAGAAGGCAAUCCUGACCGUGGCCCGAGCCAACAUCCUCAGUCAGAUCACUGUGCUGAAUCUCCAUGGCAACAGUCUGAAUAGGCUGAAGGAGAUUUCUCGCUUGACGGCUCUGCAGCAUCUGACCAUAAGCUUCAAUGCUCUCACACACCUGGAUGACAUCUCACACAUGCCCAAUCUGGAGUGGGUGGAUGCCAGUUUUAAUGAAAUCGUCACCCUGGGGGGCAUGCGUGGUCUAGGCCGGCUUAAACAGCUGGACCUGCGCUGGAACCAGCUCACUCGAACAAGGGAGGACACAGCCGUGCUCCGGAAACACGCCCCCUCUUUACUCCAACUGGACACACGACACAACCCCUGGCACAAGUGUGGUUCUGUGCGGAUGACAAUCCUGGGUCGUCUGAAAACUCUCACUCAUUUGGACGGUGUAUUGGUGUCUGAGGAGGAGGCAGCUGCAGCAAUACAGAUGGCAGCAGGUUCCAGGAUCAGUCAGGCAGCUCUCCUGGCUCACUCAAGGACAGACCUGGAGCGUCCGCGUAGCCUGAGUUUGCUCUCUGUGGCACACCUCCUUACACACCUAAGUCCCUCUCCCUGGGCUGGCACUACUGACACUGAGCCUGGCUGGUUAUCUAAGAUUACAGCACUGAACUUGGAUGGUCAGCAUUUGUCACGUCUCACUAACUUGGACAAGCUGGUCAACCUACGCUGGGCUUCAUUCAACAACAAUGAGAUCAGCCGCAUCGAUGGUCUGGAAAACUGCCGUCUGCUAGAGGAACUGUCCCUUGACCACAACACCAUCUCCAAACUGGACGGUGUGAGUAAGCUGUAUCGGUUGACGCGGCUAAGCCUGAAUGGAAACCAAUUAACCAGCCUUGAUGGUAUGGUGUUGCAGUGUUUGCCCAACUUGCACUUCCUGUCUGCUGAGGGUAACAACAUUAGCUCCCUGCACGGCGUCCAGCGAGUCCGUUCGCUUCUUGAGCUCUUUGUAGGCAAUAACCACAUCACCACCACCAGGGACAUCUAUCACCUGAAGGCGCUGACUAACCUCAUUAUUCUGGACUUGUAUGGUAACCCUGUGGUGGAGAGGCUUGAAAACUAUCGUAUCUAUGUGGUCUUUCACCUCCCAUCUCUCAAAGCCCUGGAUGGGGUUGCUGUGGAGGUGACCGAGUCUGAGAAUGCCAAAGAUGUGUUUGGAGGACGACUGACCCCCGACAUGUUAGCAGAAAAACUGGGACAUUCCAACUACAAGGACAUAUCAGAGCUAGAUCUUCCGUCCUGCGGCAUUAGAAUGGUGGACCUGGCUCCUCCCGAGCUGUUCCAGAACCUACGGAGCAUUAACCUGGAGCGCAACAACCUCACCUCCUUCGGUGGCCUUGUCUACCUGCCGAGCAUCAAGGCACUAUGUCUGAACUAUAAUCACAUUGAAUCCAUCCUGCCACGUCAGAAGACUCACACCCACCUAACCAACAGACAAAUUCUCUACCACAAGGUCCACUCCAGUGGCUAUGGUCAGCAGAGUAGCAGUAAGAGUGGCAAGGAAGCGGGGCCUGGCGACAUCCUAGAGCCACUGAUGGGGAGUCUGGAAGUGUUACAUUUGAGCCACAAUGGUAUUUCCAACCUGGCCAAUCUGCAGCUCAGCAGGCUGACCAAUCUAAAAGCACUUUUCCUGCAAGGAAAUGAGAUUAUCCAGGUGGAGGGGUUAGAAGGGCUGCAGUAUCUGCGGGAACUGGUUCUGGAUCGUAACAGGAUCAAGUCUUUUGGAGAGAACUCGUUCUGCAGUCAGUCAGCCCUACUGGAACUCCACCUGGCAGAGAACCGCAUCCGAGAGCUGAACCAUCUCCAGCCCCUCACUGAGCUCCGCAGACUAUUCCUGGACAUGAACAAACUGCAGGACGCUGCUGAGCUGCAUAAACUGGAGGUUCUCCCUUCUCUCAUAGAGCUGUCAGUGGUGGGCAACCCUGUAGUGAGGCGGUACUCCUACAGACCAACGAUGGUACUUCGUCUCCCCACACUGCAGGUGCUGGAUGGUAUUACGGUUACUCUGGAAGAGAGAACCAGAGCAGAGUUACUGUCUACUGAAGCACAGUGUUCUGCCCUCUCUGGUUCAGGUGUGGAUAUGACUCUGCCUGGUUUGUUGCCACUGAUGUCUCGUGCUCCUCCCGUCAGAGGGAACAGCCUUACCUCUACCCUGCAGUACUGCCCAGCCCAUGACAUCCUAAUGCAUGCCAACAUGGAUGACACACAGCCACUUGAUCCGAACAAAUAUAAGAAGCAGAGACCCAGUGGAGCAGCCCAGUCUCGUAGUGCCCAAGCUGAUCUCACCUCUAGACAAAGCAGAGGAACCUCCAGUCUGUCCAGCACAGGCCUACUGCCCAAUGGCCUCCGGGUGCACAUCACAUACCCUAAUGCUGAGCAAGACCUCAGGUAA